CUCCGACGCCAUAUUGAAUAUUUGUUUAGAUUCUCCGAGCAACAAAACUUGAACUAUUUGAUUGAUUUUGCAUUACAUAUAUCACAUAUGAAGUAGUGUUGUGGUUGAGAAAAGGUGUUGAGAUAUGUCUGGGUUUACAGGGUCAACCAACAAGGAAGAUGUCUCCAUCAAGCUUAAAGCCAUGAAUGAUUACAAAAAUCUACGGAAUGCAAAACAGACAACUACUAAACUUGGAAGCGAGACAAAACAGAUGGAACUCCGACUACAGGAACUGAAGUUAGCGAUGGGGCGUGAAAAAGAACAGAGAGAACGGGAAGGUGGUGGGUUCUGGAAAUCUGGAAAAGAGGGCGCUCUUUCCUCGCAUGCUAAGGAUGUACUCAACGCAAAAGUUGUACGCUCACCAGACAAACCACGUGACAAGAAAACACGCAAGAUUAAGGUCCUCAAAGAUGAACCUAUUGUAAAACCUGAACGCAGUAAACAGCCUGGCACUAUGGGGCACAUUGCACAACAGAGUGUCCCGAGCAAAGACAAUAAACCUAAAGGGCCCAAGUGUGGCCAAUGUGAACAGAGGGGUGCAGCUGUCAGCUGUGUGGAAUGUGGAGAAGAUUAUUGUGCCAUGUGCUUUGCAUCAUUUCACCUCAAAGGAGCCCUAAGGAAACACAGGUCUAUGCCUUUGAGAGUUACCCCAAAGAUUCAAUCCACGCUCCCUAUGCCUCGGUUGGCAACCCCAUCUAAUGUUAAUGAGUCGGUUGAUCUGCAACCAUAUAUGAACAACCAGCAUGGUAGAAAUAGAGACAGCCCCAUAGGUGCCAGUCAAUCAUAUGACAGUCAGUUAGGAGGCGGAGCUACUUCUGAAGAUGGUGCUAUGGGCGGGGCUAUGUCUGGGGGUGGAGCCUUGUUAGGGGGAGGAGUAUAUGAUGAACAGGCUGCUCAAAUGGAGUUUCAGGCUGCACUUGCUGAUUGGAGGGCAGGCAAGCAACCUGUCAAUCAACAAGAACAAGAAAAACAGCCAGAAUCCACUAGCAUGAAGCCGUUUGAUGGACCCUCUCUGCUAGAUGGAACAUACGAUGAAGCUGCAGCCGCAUCAUCUUUCAAAGAUGCAGUGAAACAAUGGAGAAAGGGAGAGGAUGCUGAUGAUGGGAAAACAACUGGGUCUGUUGUCACUAAGAACACUAACAAUACAGCCCGGGGAGUUUCUCCUGUUAAAACACCAACUGUACAGUUCGAUGAGGGUACGAGUACACAAGAUAGUCAAAACUCACAGGGGAUUGAUGUGACAUUCCAUUCUACCACUAGCUAUGCUGAAAAACUAAUGCUUAAACGGCAUAGACGAACAGACCUUCCAUCACCACGUUCGCUAGAGGGCAGCACUUCACCGCAGAGCUCCAUCUAUGUUAAAGAACCUAGUGAUCUGGAGGAGUUUCAACUUGAUGCAGGUGACCAUCUAAACUUUGGAGAGUUAAUAGCUGUGGUCAGACCUCCCUCAAAUAUGUCUCAGCGGUCUAAUGAGUACAAGCCAUCCUCUCCUUCCAUCACUGAAGUGCAGAAUACAGUUGGUGGCUUGGAAGAGACAAUGAGCUAUCAAGUAGAAGACCCUGAUUUUGGUGUCAUACAAACCACAUCUGCUGGAAAGCACAUUCCUAACAAGAAAGAUGAAACUAGGCCUAGAUCACACAAAUCGGAAACUCCAAAAAGUAAACUAUUUACAAAAACUGAUCAAAGCUUAAAAAAUAACAAUCCACAAAAUAGCAAAGCUAAGGACUCUAAACAAUUAACAAAAAAUGAACAGAACUCUAAACUAACAAAUGAAGUGAAUAACAAGGCUAAAGAUGCAAAACCUGGACAAAUCAAACACACUACCAAAGCAGUGCCCCAUCCUGUCAAGGGAAGGGUUGAGGAAUCCAAUAAAUCUGUGGAAGAGUCAAGUAAGGUCAGGGCAAAUUCAAGAAGUGGUUCACGGGCAAAGUCUGCAAGUAAAUCCGCUAGGCCGAAAAGUACCCGUCCAGGUUCAAGAGCUAAGAGUAGGGCCUAUUCCAGAGUGGAGAUGUUCGGGGAAGGUAUUCUUACCAAAGCGCCAUCUGAACAUCUGAAAAUUGUGGCCGGAUUGUCUUCUCAUGUAGACAAGGUCAAAUAUGACAAUGGCCUGAAUGAGCUCUUCAAAAUUGGAGUAUCACCAGGGCAACAAGAAGAGAGAGUGGUGAUACCCACUGCUGAUAAAAAUAAAAAGAAAGAUGAAAAGAUAAGCUAUAAAUUGUACCAGAUGAGCCCAAAGUCGUGGCGACCAGACAGCAGUUUGGGAGAAAAUGUAACAGACGAUAACAUCAGUGAUAUAUUAGACUCAGUUGCUAUGGCAACACGUAUGAUGACACCUGUUGAUCAAGUUCAAAAUGAUGAAAUCAGGAGCGCUAGCACGAUCUCAUUCAGCCUUGGGGGCGUUGAAACUGGAAAGGCAAGUCUAGGAGGAAAGCAGGAUACAUUUAUUGCACCCAGUAAGGAUUCAACUAAUCAAGUUAAGAGGGAUGAGGGGCCAAGUACCAAGAGACCUAAGUCCUCCCAGGGUGAGCAUAGGCCAGAUUCAAGAGCAAUAGUUGUAGAUGGUGAUGACCUUACGAGCUAUGAUGGCAUGAAAGAAGCAGAUGAGGGGAGUGAGAAGGCAGAUGAAGAUGAAACAUUACAUCAGUUGCAGUGGGAGUUGACAUCAGAGACAGGACAUAAUGAAACUGGGAAAACCUCUCGUUUAUCUGUGCUAGAGUUAGAGGGAGAUUCAGGGGAGGAGCUUACAGAGGAUGAGCUAAGAGGGAGAUUGACAUCUCUCAGUUGCCAUGGUGAUGAUGGAAUUGAUAUCAGUAAUCAGCUUAGAGAAGAAGAGCUGAUGGGAGACUUUGAGGAAAUGGAAGCUUUGAUAAUGGAAGAAGAUGACCAGGAUGAUGUGAAACAACUACAGUGACCAAAUAAUGAUAUAUGAUAUGGCAGUCACGUUAAGUAAUGAACAGUUAAUAUGACAGUGAAACAACUGCAAUGAUCAAAUUAUAU